CGUAAACCUGUUUGGCUUUUAUUUUUAAUUUUCCAGUGAUAGGAUAGAUAAGCGUAUAUUGAAAACUUCAAAAAUAAAACUUAUGUUUUAAACUUAACAAAAAGUUUUUGUCAAGUAUUAUUCAUGAAAUGAAAUUUUUUGCAGUAAUUAAAAUGUAUGUAAACUUACUUAUUUUGUGCAUAUCUUCAACACAUAUUAACACAGCAAUAGAACUUCAAGGGAUUUUUUGGGAAGUAAGACCUUUUAUAUUCCAAACUGCUGACGGAUAUAUAGAUGGUAUAAUUCCGAUGAUAUUUAAACAAGGAGAAUAUUAUUGUCGCAAUGAAACGUUGUUAAACUUUACGGCUCUUCUUCCCUCACGAAAGCAAUACUUAGAUCUAUUAACUUCAAAAACAAAAUAUGGUACAAACGAACUUGAAAAGGUUUCUCAAAACAAAGCUGUCUGGUUCCCUGAUGACACCAACUUGAUAAAUAAAAGUCACGAGAUUUUUAGAGGUUUGCGUUCAUUUCAGCUUUUUAAAUCUGAUGGAAUUGCAGUUAUAGUUCGUCGCGAUAUGAUUUCUCUACCUUAUAAAUUAUCCCGCGGAAUUUUAGGUUGCCGACAAAUUCUAAUCCUCAUUUUAAUGCUUUCAGUGAUCUUCGGGUUUUCAAUAUGGGCUGCUGAAGCUAGAUCAAAUAAUUUGUUUUCAACUUUUUUUAUUCAAGGAACAAUUACUGGUAUGUGGUGGAGUGUGGUAUCUAUGACAACAGUUGGAUACGGUGACAUUGUGCCUAAAACAAUAAUUGGUCGCAUAGUUGCUUCCAUAUGGAUGCUUUUUAGUGUUAUUUUAGGUUGUCUUAUAACUGCAACUCUAACAGAAGCAAUAACAAGUUUAAAAUAUUUAGACAUUUAUAAAAAGGAGGUUUCUGUAAUUCAAAGCUCUUUUGAAUAUCACGCUGCAAAAAAUGUACAUGGUGCAAUCGCAGUUCCUGCCGAUUCUUACGAAAAUGCUCUUGAUUUAGUACGCAACAAAAAGGUGUUUGCCGCACUUAUGAAUGCUGAUGUAACUGCAUGGUAUCAAGCGGAAAUAGAAGAUGAUAGCAAUCCAGUACCUCUUCGAGUAGUGAAAAUUUUGCCUGCAACUUUGUACAUAAACUGUCUGAUUACUAUGAAUUUGUCUCAGAGUGCUAAAAAUGCAUUUAACUGCAUGAACAAAUAUGUUGAUGAAGUUUAUAUUCGCUCUGUUGAUCAAUUUCGAAAGUAUUGCCACACAGACAAUAUACACAUAGAUUCCAUAUUUGAUAUGUUUACAAAAAAUAACUUGUACCAGAUUCUUUUAGGAAUAAUAUUUCUUUGUAUUUGUUUUGGACUAGGAUUUGAUAUUUGGAAUAUAAAACAACAAAAGUCAAAAAAUGAAGAAAUAUUAAAAAACUUAAAAAAUCAAAAGAAGCUUUUGGAAAGUGGAAGUUUUUAAAUUAAAUAAUAUUCUACUAAAGUAAUUACUUCCUCUACACAAUAUGACAAGCAAUUGAUAUAAUGUAAUCAAGCCGUCUAAUGAUAAAACUGUCUAACGAUACUGUAUAAAGAUGUCUAAUAAAAAACUGAUUAAAA